AUGCUUCGCACCCGCUCAGCUCGAAGCGUUCUGGGCAGCGAGCCCACGAGCUUCCAGCUGCCCCCGCGGUAUCAGUUCCAGAAGCUGCUGGGCAGUGGCAGCUACGGGGUUGUCGCCUCUUUCCGAGACGUCACGAGAGGAAAGGAUGUGGCAGUGAAACGAGUGCGAAGGGUUUUCGACAACUUCCUCAUGUUGCGGCGCACGCUGAGGGAGAUCAAGUUGAUGCGACACUUCUGCCAUCCGAACCUCUUGCAGCUUCACGAUGUCCUACUGGUGGAGUCAGGCGGCGAGCUAUAUAUCUCCAUGGAGUUGAUGGACUGCGAUCUUGACAGGCUCGUGAGAGGCCGUGGCGCCCCGCUCGAGGAGUCAGUGGCCAAGCGCUUCUGUGCGCAGAUCCUGCUUGGCCUUCUUCAUCUGCAUCUCGGACAUGUGAUUCACCGGGAUCUAAAGCCGGCGAACAUCUUCGUCCGCCUCAAAGAGUUGGAAGUGAAGAUCGGAGAUCUGGGCCUCAGCCGAGGAAUCGCUGUAGACUUCUCCGGGGAGGCCCUCCACCCUCUGGAAGAGCAUCUCACCGAGUACGUGGUCACCCGCUGGUAUCGUGCGCCAGAAGUGCUGCUGGCAAGAUCCAAGUAUGGGCCGAAAGUUGAUGUUUGGUCCGUUGGCUGCAUUCUCUACGAGAUGUGGACGGCGAAGGCCCUUUUCCCUGGCAAGAACAGUGUGGACCAGUUGACCAAGGUCAUGGGCGUUUUGGGGACACCGACCGAGCAGGACCAGUGGUGGGUUCCGAAGGAGUCCAGGCCCUUGUUACAUCGAGCCCUUUCUCCGGCUCGGCCCCGGGGACUUGGCCCGGCGAAGUUGCCUGGCAUCCCAGCAGAGACGGGUGAGGACUUUCUCCACAAGCUAUUAUGCUUUGACCCUUCGCGACGGCUGUCUGUUGAAAGUGCUUUGCAACACCCUUACUUGGGCGGUUGCACCCAAGAAGCGGAACUAAACAUGGUGAAGGUGGUGGAGCCGCCCGAUGUCAGCUACGAUCAGCAGUUCGAUGGGCUCAGCAAAGGCGGAGAAGCAUCCGCCCUCUCACGGCUGACGCAGAUGCUGCGCAAGGAGGCAAACUAUUCGCGAGCGGUCCGCAAGUCUCCUCGCUCCAUCAGCCGGGAGCCUUCCUCUGCUCGUCUGCGAUAUGGGCAGAAAUCCGACGACGUCCGGCCCUUGGCAACGCUCGGGGCCUGCAGUGGACCAGGUGCUUCAAAGAUCGGAGCGACUUGCAGUAGCCAAGGGAGAGCAAGGCCUGUUGCCCAGAAGGCUUCCAUGACAGAGCGGCGUCAGCGAUCGAGCACCGGCGCUUACAACGCCACGCAGAAAGCCAGGAUCGAAGCACCUAGCAGCGUGGAACCCGUUCACCCUGUCGCUGCGGAUGUUCUGGAGCUUCCAGACCACCCAUCGGCCCCAGCUGCCACUGCGUCGGCAGCCACAUCAUCCGCCAACCCAAACAACGCAAGGCUUCAGCGCCGCGCCACAGUGCCUGCAGCAGCGAUUCCCUGCGCUGCAGGGCUCAGGAGCCGUGCUGCAUGGAAGAAAGCUAUCGCUGCAGCCCAGACAGCCAGAGCGGUGGUGGAAGGUGGUGAGGUAUCGACACCAAGAUCGAAAGGCAGCAGCGAGCGUCAGGACAGCGCCCAGAAGACGGUCUGUCCUUUCUCUCGGAGAGACCAGCGUGAGAGCGCUGUCGCAGCCGAGGCCAAGCCAAAGCAGAUAAAGGUGAAGGAUGAGUCGGUCCCUGGUGAAGCGCAAGAAGCUAGGAUUGCGGAGGAGCUGCAGCAGCUUCAGGAUCUCCAGGAUCAGCAAGAAAGGAGGCUGACUCAUGUACUGGGGAAGUCCCAGCAGCUUUCUGCUGGAUUGGACGAGAGGGGAGAAUGUAGGGAGGAGGCGAGGCCGAGGAAGGUAAAGGAUCCGAAGGUCCAGGCCCAGGAAGCUCCCGACGCCGACUCGCCCUCUCGUGGUUUGCGGGCUGCAGCUGCCUUUGCUAGCGACCGGGCGGCACCCGACCUGGAGCCAAGCCUCUGGGAUCAGCUCCUCCAGGAGGCCGAGGAGGCCCAGCAGGCGGCCCAAGGGGCCCCCCAAGCAGCCCAGGCACCGAAGGUCACGGCAGCGAAGCGCCGCUCCUCCCCGAGAAGAAAAGGCCAGCAGCCGCAGCAGAGCGCCCAGUCACAGCGGACCUCAAGGUCACAAAGCGAAGUUGAUGCCGCGCUGCCGCGACGGCGCUCGGCCGUUGAGCGGCGGCCCGUGUGCCAUCGCUCAGCUUCACGGGAUACAAGCCGAAGCUCUGUGCAAAAGGCCAGUCCGAGGAGUGAGAAAGCGAAAGGCACAGGUGUCCGGCCGAAGACCGACAGUCAGAUGGAGACGCUGCAGCCGGGGGCCGAUGGGGACCCGACCAGGGCCCAACUUCAGGACGCGACGCCGGAGCAGACUGAGCAGACUGACACCCUGAAAGUUGGCUGGGCCUCCUCGGGCUCACCCGUGACCGGCGAGCAAGGUGGUGAGAGACACGCCGGCCGGAUCGCAGCAAGUGUUCCAGGUCCAAAGAACGACUCUGGCCUUUUGCGCCCUAGAGGUGCGGCGGCAACCGAUGCAGAGAAAAAGCAGCCUCCACCGGCAGCGAUCGAGGAGGUUUUGCUGAGCGACAGCCCUCUCCACAGGAGCAUCUGCGAGAUGCCGUCGCUCCGGCCGAAGCCCGGCACGCAGAGUCAGAGGUCAGAUGGCGGGUCGAUGGCGGGGACGUUUCGAUUUCCUCGUGAGGUCAAGGCUCUGCAGACGCUUUGCUUGCAGAGGAGGGGUCAGGUGCUGCGGCUGAAGGAUUCCUUGAAGAAGGUCGAUCCCGGGCCCUCCUUGGCACGCCUCUCGCAUGUGCGAGCGGCGUCCGCGACCCUGAGAAAGAGGCAGCUGCAGAGUGGGAGCAGAGCCGCAGGAGUUGAAGGGCAGAACACCGCUGGGACCAGCGAGGUCGCGGAAAGCGGUUCUCUGUGCGGCAAAGAAGCCGCGGAAGGAGAUGCGUACGGCUCACGCGAAGUGCCUGAGCCAGAGCUGUGCAGCCCAGUGCAGCGGACGGCAGCCGCCUGGAGGGUCGAGGCUUCGAGACUGAGCCUCGCCCUGACUGAACGGCGCCGACUCAACGAGUGUCUCAAGCUCGAGGUGCAGACCUUGGAGAGUGCCUUCCAGUCCUUGAUCCAGCUCGGCGACCACCAGGUGGCAGACCUUUCCUGUGUUCAGGAGCGGAAUGCAACACUGUCGCAAGAGCACGAGCAGUCGAGCCUGGAGUGCCGGGAGCAUCACCGCGAUUAUUGGCAAGAGCAGGCACCUUAUCAGGGGUCGGACAUGGACGACGUGGACGGGUUGCAGCUACGUGCGGCUGGCCUCCACAAGGAGCUGAGCAAACUGGAGGCAAGGCUCCUGGAUGCUCGAAGUGCUGCCGACAGCGCGGCCCAGGACGCUCUGGGUGCCGCGCGUGGCGUUCUCAACAAGAGCAUCGAGGCUGCAUUGCAGUCGCCCAGUGAGGGAUCCCCUCCAGUCUCCAUGAGCACUGGCAAGGCUUCUGAGGCUCAGCUGCCCCAGCCUCCUCAGCCUGCCUUCGACGAGCCCGAAGGCGAAUUAGCUGCGGGCGACGAGGACGGGGGACAUCUGGGGACCGCCGGCCGGGGCGCUGCCUCUGCCGCAGAGGACGCCAACAGCGACCUCGGGAGCUUCGAUGAGCUGCCGGAAGGGCCGGAAGCGGAAGCGCAGGAAGCGGAGGAACCGGAGGAAGCGGAGGAAGCGGAGCAAGCCCGGGCGGAGAGCGAUGGCAUCCGCGACGGGCAUGUCCGGCAUGGCCAUGGCACCGGCAAGGAGGCGGAGGCGGAUUCUCUCGGUGCUCCGGUGCUGGGGUCGGUCUUAGCAGAGCAAGCCGGUACGGUGGCACUCCGUGAGCAAGCGCAGCCCGCAACGUCGGACAAGGAACUGGGCUUGGACAUUGGCCAUGCCAUCAAGAGCAUGUCGAGGCACAUCGAACGGUUUGAACGUGCCAGCAGAACAGCCCGACUCGCACCUCCAUCCAGCCCCGAUGCAGCUGUCGCAACUGCAGGCUCCCUUCGGCAGACGGCUGCAGGGUCGGAGCCCGCAAGGAUUCUGGAAGAGACGGUGAAAGAAAAUCGUACUCUCCAGCUUCAAAUCGAACAUUGCCGCGAGAGGUUGCGGCAGAGGUUUCUGCAGCAGGAGAUUGCCCAGCAACGACUGAAGGCUCAGCUCCAAAGUGCUCGGCCGGCGCGCGGCCGCCACGCAGCAGCGGCCGUGCCUUGCGGGAUCAGGCCUGGCACUGGGCAGAGGCAGUUCGCCUGA